GAUGUAUGUAACUUUUAACUUAAAGUUUUAAAUUCUUGAUUCGAAGAACAAAAAUUCAACAAAAAUCGAAUGUUAAACAAUUUAUUGUCAUGGUCAUCCACGAGUCGCUUUCCUAUCCAUCUGCUUCGUACAAUAAAGCAGAGACUCGAAUUCAAAGAGAUUUCAAGAGUCGUUUACGCUUCAGGACUUCACUUUCACACACAGAGAAAAGUUUUAAUCAACAGUUCAACUUCAACUUCGAAAAUAUCGUGCUAUUGUAGAUUUUUUUACGCAGGAAAUCCGGGUUUCAAUAGCUACCACAGCUCUGUCAACCACUGGAGCUUAAAUAAGCUCAAAUAUAUUAACAGAAAUUGGAUGCUUAAGUACGAUGUCAGAAGAUAUCGUUCAAAUUUUACUCAACGAAAAAACCAAACAACCGCCAUCUAUACUGUUGCUCUUGUUAUAGUAGUUCUUGGUAUUUCAUAUGCAGCAGUACCUCUUUAUAGAAUGUUCUGCCAGGCAUCAGGUCUCGGAGGUACAGUACAACUUACAGAUGCAGGAGAGAAAAUAAAAAAUAUGGAGACGAGGAAAGAACGCUUGUUGACUAUAAGGUUUAAUGCAGACAAAAGUGCCACAAUGCAAUGGUCAUUCAAACCACAACAAACAGAAGUGAAAGUGUAUGCUGGUGAAACCGCCUUGGCAUUUUAUACUGCUAGAAAUCCAACUGAUCUACCAAUCACAGGAAUUUCGACUUACAAUGUCAUACCUUUUGAAGCCGGACAAUAUUUCAAUAAAAUUCAGUGCUUUUGCUUCGAAGAACAAAGACUUAAUCCACAUGAGCAGGUUGACAUGCCUGUGUUUUUCUACAUAGAUCCAGAAUUUUUAGAUGAUCCAGCGUUGUACAAAGUAGACACAAUAACUUUGUCGUACACUUUCUUCCAAGCGAAGGAAGCACAUGAUUUGGGAAUACAAUGAAGAGUAGCAGAAACAAAAUAAAAUUUCUGUACAAAAGAAAACUUUUUUACCAAAUGAAAACUUCUGUGAAAUAAUGCAUCAAAAAUUCCAUCCAAUUCCUAAAGGAUUUCACUUUUGUAAUUAGUUUAAGGAGUAAUACUUUUUUAAUUUCUGUCUAACAACUUUUUAUAAUUUACAUACAUAUUUUUUAGGGGGAUGUAAUAUUUAGUAGCAAAAAUAUGUCAUGUCUAUGUUCGUCUCCAAACCUUUCACCCUCGCGAAUCAAGGGACAAUUUACCAAGUAAAGUUGCUAUAUCCGUG